AAAUGCCGUUAACGUCGAUGUGGGCAGGGGUAGCCAGGAGGAUGAAGGUGGGCGCAGAGGCGAGGCAAUAUCAUUGAAGGCGAUGGAAUCCUUAGCAGGGCCCUGGAUGCCUUCACUCAAGUACUGCAGUGUGAACACAGCCCAGAAGAGUCCCUGCUGUGUCAAUGCCUCUGCUCCCGGGAACGCCCUCUCCGCCUGUCCUCUUGUACUCCAGGUUCCCUGUUUUAUCAGACAUCACUCCGCUGCAAGGUGUGCCUGGGGUCGGCCAGAUCUGUACAGGACUGACCUACAAGGGAAGGGGGCCAGACUGGAGUAUGGCGACACAUCAGUCCUUGCCAGGAGGGAAUCAGAUGGCUUUUACUACAGGGCUCAAAUAAAACAAACACCAGAGCUGGGGAGGCGGGGUAAACUCCUUGUGGAGUUUGAGGCCCCCCAUUCCACAGAUACAAAAUCCUCAGGCCCACUACAGAGCACAACAACAGAGGAUGUCAUCCAGCACUCACGGGCCUUAGAGCACUCCCUACUCCCUGGAGACAAGGUUCUGGCACCCUGGGAACCAAAGCAGGAGAGAUAUGGGCCAGGCACUGUGGUGCAAGGCCUGGAGACCAGAGAUCCUCAGAGAGCCUCAGAGGAUGAAGAAAUCACUGUCUGCUUUUGGAAUGGCAAGAUGGUCAAAGUGCCCUUAGGGGUAGCCAUAUGGAUACCCCCAGCCUGUUGGGAGAAGGCUGUGGAGAUGUUGCACAAGCCAUUAGAUAGCAGUUGGCCAAAGCCCGGAGAGCAUCUUUGUACCAUCCCCUGGACUCCCCGCUGUCCUCUCCUGGGAUCUACCCUUGGGUAUACUGUGGAGGGGCUUCUUCUGGGCUCUUUCUUGUGCCCGUCCCAGCAUCUUUACCCCAAACCCCACAACCACUGUCCACUGUUGCCUAACGGCUGCCUCUGCUGUUGUUCCUUAGCCUGCUCUACCUGGUGGCCUCUCACCAGGACAUUAGAGGACACAACUGGGGACCCCCUAGAUGCAGACCCCAAAGCCACAGCACAACUUCUGGAGUUAGACAAUCCCAGGGACAAAAAAGUGGCAGCUCACGUUUGCGUGGGUGUUACUUCUUCCUCUUCCUCCUCUUCUUCCUACUCUUUCUCUUCUGAAGAGGAGGAUUUGGGGAGUGAUCUGAAGAAAGCGCUUCCUCAAAGAAUUAUGGUAGACAGCACUGUCAACACUGACACCAGCCUUUUUGAGAAGCCCCUGAGACAGAAGGUCCUCAGUCAGCCACCCUGGAAAUACUGGAAGAGAAAUGGCCUAGAGCCCGGUCAAAGAAAGCCAGGCAAAGAGUCACUGAGGAAACUUAUAGACACUUGAGACUCAAGAGUUGUUCUAGCCAGGUCCUUUCCACUAUCUGGAAUAACUCCUUCAGUACCAUGGCACAACCAAUACUGACUCAUUCUGGAGGAUAGGAACAAGGUGUUGCUGCAGCUCUCUCCUGGGAGAGACAGAGAGGCAGCCGAAGGAGAAGCUGGACACAUGCUGUAGAGGUGAAAGCUGGCAAGAAA